AUAGGCUGCCAGUAUUCACGAGGACAUCACGUAUUUGUUAUUGAUGUUCAUCUGACACGCCAAUGAAGAAAGAAGAUAUAUAUAUCAAAUGCAACUGUCCGAAGGAAGAAAAUAUAAAAUUGCCUCGCUAAAUUACUUAUUUGGCUUGGCAAAGAUAACUUUAUUUUGAUUAUAUAUACCAGUAGUUGGGGUGUCAUUAUAUUAAUAAUACAUUCAACAAUUAUUAUCCUGUCCUAUAGGACAUGUAGUUGGUACAUCGUAUCAGUAAUGUUGGUGCUUCAGAAUAACCAUGUCAAAAUCAUGGUACUUCAUGCAAACGGAUGCUGCUGAACAUCCUGCAAUUACACUAAUUGACUCGAUCCAGUGCGCCAUCUGUUAUCCAUCAGUGUCAUCAUAAAGGAUUCAGCUCAGUGGUGGUGAACGGGGGCGAACACAUGCCACCUUCUGUCACAGGUCGAUAGCGCCAGACGGUCAAAAUGGUUGGAGCAGUCCGUAGAAUCACCAGCAAAACUAAGAAGGAUUUAAUAAUUUCAGUAUUGUUAUAUUCGACGUGGAUUAUUAGCAAUAUUAAGUUUUUGUAGUAUUGACGAAUAUUUUGAAAACGACAAUCCAGUGGAUUACCAGCUUAUUCCAUGAGGUUAUUGGACAGGUGUAUCAAAAUCGUACUAUGCGUAUAUGUACAUGUAUAUCUUAGUGAUAUUAUUCCGAUAUACCCAUGGAUAUCAAAUGGAUAUAUACACUGGGCCUGUUGACGUUCCUUCUGAUGGGUACCUUUGCCUCAGAUGAGGAGACACGGCUGGUUAAGAAACUUCUUGAUGGCUAUGACACCGCCGUGCGCCCGAGCAAAAUCUUCAGUGAUACUGUCAAUGUCUCAGUGGGCAUUGCUAUUAACCAGUUCAGAGACUUGGAUGAAAGGAGGCAACAUCUCGAAAUGGGCGUGUGGUUCAGAUUCAUAUGGGUGGACACCAGUAUGGUAUGGAAUUCGUCAGAAUACGGGGGAAUACCAAACAUCAGGAUACCGUCUGAUCGGGUCUGGACACCCGAUAUCGUACUAUACAAUAGCGUCGACGAAAACAUGAAACCGAAUGAAAUCUUCAGCAAGACCAACGUUAUCAUCUCUAAUGAAGGCCACAUGAUGUGGCUCACGCCAGCCCUCGUCAAAACCACGUGCAAAGUCGACAUUGCCUACUUCCCAUUUGACAAACAAAGAUGCCCGCUCAUUCUCGGCUCGUGGACGUACGACGGCUUUAAAGUCAACCUCUGGCCAAAAGAAAAGGACCCCGCAGACUCUACACCGUUCAUUCCGAAUGGUGAAUGGGUCCUGGACUCCUUGACCUUCAAACGGAAUGUCAUAAUCUACAGCUGCUGUCCAGAGCCCUACCCUGACCUGACAUUUUACAUUACCAUAAAAAGACUCCCGCUUUUCUACGUGUAUAACUUAGUGAUGCCCUGUAUCUUUAUCAUGGGCGUGGCGAUUCUUGUUUUCUACCUCCCGCCUGAAUCUGGGGAGAAGGUAUCUCUUGGAGUGACGGUCCUUCUUGCCAUGACUGUGUUUUUGUUACUGAUAGCUGAGAGUAUGCCACCUACCUCAGAGGUAGUGCCUGUGAUAGGCAAAUUCUUCGGUGCUGCGAUAUUUCUACUUUCCUUGUCCACUACGCUAACUGUCGUCGUCCUCAACCUUCACUUCAAUGGGGAACAUGGUGCGAGGGUGCCCGCCAGUUUCCGUAAGGUUGUCCUUACAUGGCUAGCCAAACCCGUGUGCCUUGGGUCGCGAUGCCAACAAGUUAUGAAAGAGGCCAAAGAUGUGUACGAGAAAAAUACACACCAAUCCGAACAAAACAACAGAAUGAAUGGGACUGUCAUUGCGAACAUGGGCAACCAGCUAACGCCCGUUGAGCUAACAAACUAUGAGAACUACACCAUCCCUCCGCGGACCAACAUACCAAAUGAUGAGAGGCGCGCAGACGAUGUGGUGAACAACCUUAAAAAAGUAUUACAGGAAGUGAGCGAGUUAAAGACUGCAAUAUUUAGGAAACUUCAAAAGGAACACGUGAGUCAUGCUUGCCGACAUGAGUGGCAGAUGGUCGCAUUGGUCUUGGACAGAAUUCUCUUGCUAUUGUUCUUCCUGGCUGCUCUUAUUACCAGUGUAGUCAUAUUUGCCGACAUUCCGUCAUGAAAGACUUGGAAAGUCUUUUACAUGUAUGUCUUAAUGUCGAAUUGGAUUCGAACGGGUUGAUUGCUGGUGGAAUGACACAAUGCCAGCGUCAUUCAGUGCUUUACCGCUGUUCAGGUUCUCGUUGAUGUCGUUACGACUCCGUCUACAGACAAUGAUCUACCCAAGUCAGAUAAAAAUGAAUGCGUACUAGUUUUGAAACGCCUAAGGUACAUGUACAUGUACAUAUCGUGUUGUGAAAUUAAGGUUGUGCCCACACCAGAUGGCGUCAUAGUGUAUUAUAAACAUUGCGUAUAUUAUCGUAUUUGCUUGUGCGCCUUUGAUGUUCCUGUCUUAUGUGUACAAUUUUAAGAUACACACAUAAAACCUGCCUUUGAAAGAAUUAGGGGCAGUGUUUUUCCCAGUGAUAAACCAGCCCUCAUUCGAUUCGGAAACUUUCAGGAAACAUAUUCUGUAAUUAAUUAGACCAAGACAUGUUACCUAUCGUUAAAAGUCCAUAUCACUUUAAGCAUAUGUAUUGUACAAUAACUCUAAUAUAUAUAAUUUCCGAUUUAAUUGCUUUAUGUAGAA